GUCCCUCUCAGUCCAGUCCCUGUAACUUUCCCACGCCGACCUCUGGGGAGAUGCUCCAGGUGACCGGAGCCGGGAGCGCGCUCGGCUCUGUCUGCUUCCCCCCUUCACCCCUCACCCCCACCCCGGAGUCUGCCGCCUAGUGACGCCCGGCUCCCGCAGCCCAGGCACGGCGGGGCGGGCGGCACAGGAGCCCUGAGCUUCUGGGGCAGGGCUGAGGGACCCGGCACCUUCCCGCGGCUGGAGCAGGCUUGCAGCACCAGACCCGGCAAUGCCGUUUGGCUGCGUCACCCUGGGAGACAAGAAAGACUACAACCAGCCAUCUGAGGUGACUGACAGAUAUGACCUGGGACAGGUCAUCAAAACGGAGGAAUUCUGUGAAAUAUUCCGGGCCAAAGAGAAGACGACAGGAAAGCUCUACACGUGCAAGAAGUUCCUGAAGAGAGAUGGGCGGAAGGUGCGGAAGGCGGCCAAGAAUGAGAUCAUCAUCCUCAAAAUGGUGAAGCACCCCAACAUCCUGCAGUUGGUGGAUGUGUACGUCACCCGCAAAGAGUACUUCAUCUUCCUGGAACUGGCCACAGGCCGGGAGGUGUUUGACUGGAUCCUGGAUCAGGGUUAUUACUCUGAACGGGACACCAGCAAUGUCAUCCGACAAGUGCUGGAGGCUGUCGCCUACCUGCAUUCACUCAAGAUUGUGCACAGGAACCUCAAGCUGGAGAACCUAGUGUAUUACAACCGCCUGAAGAACUCCAAGAUCGUAAUCAGUGACUUCCACCUGGCAAAGCUAGAGAACGGCCUCAUCAAGGAGCCCUGUGGCACCCCAGAGUAUCUAGCUCCAGAGGUGGUGGGACGCCAGCGGUAUGGAAGGCCUGUGGACUGCUGGGCUAUCGGUGUCAUCAUGUACAUCUUGCUGUCGGGGAACCCACCCUUUUAUGAGGAGGUGGAAGAGGACGACUACGAGAACCAUGAUAAGAAUCUCUUCCGCAAGAUCCUGGCCGGGGACUAUGAAUUUGACCCGCCUUACUGGGAUGAGAUCUCCCAGGCGGCUAAGGAGCUGGUGACCCGUCUGAUGGAGGUGGACCAGGACCAGAGGAUCACAGCUGAAGAAGCCAUCUCCCACGAGUGGAUUUCUGGCAACGCCGCCUCCGAUAAGAACAUCAAGGAUGGUGUCUGCGCUCAAAUUGAGAAGAACUUUGCCAGAGCGAAGUGGAAGAAAGCCGUGCGAGUGACCACGCUCAUGAAGCGGCUCCGUGCACCUGAGCAGGCUGAGCCGGCAAAGCCGACUCUGCCAGCUGCCGCCAUGCCGGACAGUGCCACCUUGCAAGUCCCCGCCACCGCCAUGCAGCCUGUGGCCGUCGCCGCACCCGACAGCACUGCCCCAACAGCGGGAGCCCCAACUACGUGUAACGGAGAAGAAGCCACUGCCCCCAGUGCCACCCCUGAGGCCUGGACCGAGGAGACCGGCUGAACAGGAGGGACGGGGUGGGGAAGUACUGGAUCUCUCAUUGUACAUAGUCGCUGGCAUGGUAUCCAAACCUCCCUGGCUCUCUGUCUGUCUCUGCUAUGUGUCUGUCUGUCUGACUCUGUCUAUCCCCAGCUGGGCCACUGCAGAGAGCUUCCAUUUUCUAUGUUCCUGAGCCUGGAGCGACCCAAUAGGCCCAGUUGGACAGAGGCAGAAGCAGAGCCCCUUGCAUGGAGUUUUCUCUCUCUCCCUUUGCUUUUCUUUUCUCUGUCUCCUUUGGUGGCUUUGUGGGUUUCCUUUCCUCACUGGAGGCUGCUCUCUGAGUCUGCCCACUCACUGACCUACCUGAUCCCCCAUCACUAGGCCAAGCGAGAGGAAGCCAGGACAUCAGGAUCAAACACAACUACCCUCCUGAGUUCCAGAUCCAAUUGGGAGCCUGGGCACAGAUCCAAUUGAGUCCAUACCCAGCACUUGUGUGUGUGUGCAUUUACAUACAGCUGCAUGUAUGUGCUGUGUGUCCAUUGCAGCGUAUGUGUCUCCAGACAUGGGGUGUUUGUGUGGGUGUCCAUAUGAAUUAGUGUGUGUCUGGGUGUCUGUGAUUAUACAUUGGUGUGUGUGUAUGGGUCUCUGGGUGGGUAGGUGUGUCCAUAUGUGUAUCCAUGGGUGAACAAGUGUGCGUUUAUUGGGUGCAUUCACCUGGGAGUGGGGAGAGAGGCAAACCCGAGCCAUUUAGGGAAGGAUUUGAGCACCAUUCUGGAGAGCAGCAGCUGAGCUGAGCUGGCUGGAGGGGUGGGAUGACAAGGAGGUGGGGAGAGCUUGAGAUUCAAGUGGCCUAGGACAGGGAUGCUGCACUUAGAUCCUAAAUAAAGCUUCCCAUGCAAUUGCUGGUACCAAUGGGACUCCCCCUCUCAUGCCCACAGGUUCCUGUUGAAUCAUAGAAGAUUAGAGUUGGAAGAGACCUUGAGAGGUCAUCUAGUCCAACCCCCUGCAGGACCAACCCCAACUAAAUCUUCACAGUCAGGGUUUUGUCAAGACAGACCUUAAAAACCUCUAAGGAUGGAGAUUCCACCACCUCCCUAGAUAACCCAGUCCAGUCCUUCAACACCUUCACUGAGCUUGCUUGGAGCUUUGGGUGAUGUACAGAGAGCAAUUGGCCUGGGUGUCCCUCCUCCCUGCUGUAAUGGUGGCAUCUGGCCCCAUGGACUGCAGACCUGCUUUCCUCCCCAUGGGUGAGGGAGACGCCUGAGCACCAGCGCUGCCUCACCCUGGCCAAAAGAAAAGAAGUACUUGUGGCACCUUAGAGACUAACAAAUUUAUUAGAGCAUAAGCUUUCGUGAGCUACAGCUCACUUCAUCGGAUGCAUCCGAUGAAGUGAGCUGUAGCUCACAAAAGCUUAUGCUCUAAUAAAUUUGUUAGUCUCUAAGGUGCCACAAGUACUCCUUUUCUUUUUGCAAAUACAGACUAACACGGCUGCUACUCUGAAACCUGUCAUCCUGGCCAGUAAGCACUGGGGAUGUCCUGCAUCUCCCUAGUCUGCAUCCACAGCAGGCUCCAGAAGGGGCUGGAUUCAUGUGGGGGUGAGACACAUGGGCCCUACACUCUGCUUCACUGCUUUAGAGCCUGAACCCAAGGCAGAUACAGACCAGACUCUACUCACUCACAGUGGCAUCCUCCCAGCGUGACACUUUUGAUCUCUGCUGCCACCACAGGCUCACUGGUGUCACUGACAGCAAUGGUCCUGCUGCCAGGAGCUGUGGGCACCAGGGAUGCCUGUGGUGGCUCAAUGUGUGGGGGAGCCCACCAUUUGUGCAUCACGGCCACUGGAGCAGCCCUGGGAGGAACAAGGGGGCUGCUGGGAAUGUCCGGGGGGCUACUGGGAAUGUCCGAGGGGCUGCAGACCCCUCACAAGAGGUGCCUCUGUAGCUGUCCAGUGGCCAUCACAAACUCCGCAUGGCCAGGGACUAGAACCGCAGCCCUGCUGAGAGUUGGCCCCCAAUCCCUGUGUGUGCUGAUCCAAAGGCGUGCGGGAGCUUUGGGUUGGCCUGUCGGAACAAGGGGAGCAGGGAGAGGUUGGGGAUUGACUCAUUGCCAAAGCACUGUCCUAUGCCUCUUUCUACAAGAACAACUUUGCCAUUGUCCAAGCUGAUUGUGGUGUUUGAAGCCCAUGUGUGACAGCACACAGCAUGUCUAUGGGAGCAGUAUGGUGUGCGCGUGAGACUUACAUGGCACAGCUCUGGUCUCGGCUUUGGACGUAUGAGAUUAAGCCCCUGCUGGAUGUGUUUAUGGAGACUCUGGGGGUGGGAGUGGUGUAUAUACGUAUAUACUUUCGUUGUGUGGAUGUGCAUACAUAGUGACCCGCGUGUGCCCUGUUCAGCACUGUGUAGUCUUGUUUCCUCCAAGAGGCUUAACCUGGGGCACAUAGAGGCUCUGUACUGUGGAGGCCGAGGCUUGGGCCCAUCCAGUCCGAGCGGGGCUUUCCUGACUGUAGCGCUGGACAGUGGCCCCUUGCAGAGUUGUGUUCCCUUGCCCCAACCCUGAACUGACAGUUUGCAGAACUAGGGCUGGCCUUAGGGAAAAUGGUGCCCUGGUGAACUUGUAUUUUGGCACCCUGGUCCCUGCUGCCUCCUCAGGCCCCUAACCCAUCCUCCCAGAGCCCUUCUGCCUCCCCCAGCCCCCCAUUGCCCCUGGAUCAGCAGCUAGCAGUGCACAUUUUACCAUUUUAGGGUGGGGGUGAGCACUGAUUGGACAGUAAGGUU